AUGUUCUCUUCAACUGCUCCCUCAUCAUCGUCAUCAUCAUUGGCAAUAUCCGAAACAAAUGACUCUUUGACAGAAAUUGAACUAAAAAUUAAGGCCUAUAUGCACAUGAUUGAUAAAAAUCAGCACAAAAGAAGUUUGGAGAAAACAUCGGAUCAUAUUUCGGUUCAUCAAUUAUUUAAUCCUCCAUCAUCACCAUCUUCAAUUCUGAUGAAAAAUUCGGAAUUGAAAAACCAUCAAAUCCAAGAUCACACCAGCAUAAAACAGCAAACAUCAACUCCGCUUGAUAUUAAAGGAUUCAACGAGAGGGUCAAAACUUUUCAAAUAACGACAUGGUUCAACAAACCUUACAAUGUAAACCCGCUCGAAUGUGCAAGAUAUGGCUUUAUCAAUUACAGUCAAGACAAGAUUCAAUGCUCACAAUGCCGAUCAAAAUUAAUUUUGAAAACAGAAUUUGAAAAAGUUAAUGUACCCAGUGAUGUCAUCGAGAAACGAUGUGAAUCUUUUAGAGAGGAGCUGAAAUCAUGUCAUUCACACGACUGUAUAUUUCUCAAUCAACCAUCCCCACUACGAUUUACUCUGUUUUGUCAUCAAGACACUUCAUCUGGAAAGAACAAGAAUAUUAUCAAGUUGCAUUGCUUCAAUUUUCAUAGAAUGCUAAAGAAAUUACGAAAAUUACAAGCGACUUAUCAGUUAAAAUUGGAAUUAAGUUCUGAAUUUUUGACAAAAUUUCACUCUCCAAACGAAGAAUUCGUACAGAGCACACUAAAGGAAAUUAAUAUGCCAAGUACUAGUGAGGAUGUGACUAAUUCCGAAUCUGUUGUUUCACCGGCCUUAUUUUGGUUGAGUGUUUUUCAUUGGGAAGUGUUGCAAAAAGUUUUCAACAAUGGCUCCGAAAAGGAUUAUUUUUUAUAUUGCGAACAUUGUCAAAUGAGUCACUAUUUGAAGAAAGUUAAUCGUGGACAGUUAUUAACAACGGAGGAUUCAUUGAAUCCUGCAUCCAUGCAUCGAUGGUGGUGUCCAUGUGUGCAUCACAACCAACUCUUAACAGACUACGAACAGAUUACUGAGGACGAAGAAAGCAAGUUUUAUUCGAAAGUGCUUAUAAAACGAAAACUGAACGAGCCUCCUGGAUGGAGCCAAAUGUUGGACUCGCUGCAGCAAGACAGCAAAAUCUCAAACCAAAAUUCUGAGAACGGGUUGAUGUACCUUCAUCAUGAACAGUUCACACCAAGUGAAUUCGAUGCUUCCCUUCUCGUGAAGAACAUUUUACAAAACUCAUUGAGCUCAAUAUUCGUCUCAGAGAAUGAACGGCGCCAAUGGUUGAGAAAACAAUUUGAAAAGCCCAACGAAGCAUUGCAAGAAAAUGCUGCUCUCACGACACCUAAGGAGCAACAAGUAGGCGAGACAAGAGAAAUUCCACCAGAUACUGCUACCAUCAUUUCCAAUAACAAUGUCAACUUUGGACAAGAAGAACAAGCUAGAUCAACACCAAUAAUCACCUCAACCACGUCCAUCACUAAGGAAGUUUCUGACCUUUCUCAUGUGGCAGCAGCAACUCUCUCAACAACAGAAUUGGCUCAACUAAGUGACGUUACGGGACCAACUCCAAUAGCCUCAAUACAGGAUCAACAUGGUGCGGGUGUCAGUGACGUCACCAUCUCUGCAUCUCAUGAAAAAACCGUAAUCACUGAGGAAUUGUCGUUAUCAAUCAAUUUGGAGCCAUCCAUAACCUCAUCCUCCUCCCAUACAACGCGUACUCCAUCCACACAAUUGAAAUCUUCCUUCAUCAGUCCUUUCCCUGCCCCAACAAUGAAUGAACAACAUCAACAAACGGGAACUGUUUCGCAAAACAGAUUUGAAACUCUGUCGGAAAAGGAAGGUAUGACAUCGCCAAUGUCCGGUCCAUACGAGCAAGUGGAUGCGUUAUCCUCGCUAACGCCAAAUACUUCGACAACAGUAGCAAUCAUGCAACAAGAUUUUACUUCUUCUUCUAGCACACCCAUGACGACAAUGACGACUUGUGACACCACAAGUACUACAUCACUUAUUGAACAAGAAGAACCCUAUUCUUUGUCGUCAGGGUUUGUUGCAGCAUCUCCGCUUGCCUCAGAAAUCACAAAUCAUCACCAACAAGACACUCUUGUCUUGGAAAAGAACGAAAUGGUGAUUGAAGGGCUUGUUCAACGAGAGCAAACAACAGAAGCAUCAUCUGUUUUAACAACACCAGUUAAGGCCGAUACUAUUGUUCAACACGAGCCUUCCACUCCAUCUAUGGUUUCAAUGCCUUCUCUUGCAUCUGUGGUGUCUUCACCUCCUAGUUCCUCGUCAUCGAAUAAUACCAGAGCCACGCCAACUAAUGCUGCAUCGAUGUCGUCCUCAUCGUUAUCAUCCUCGCGACAGCUUGAUCAGAUCUCCACAGUAACCACAACAGCAAGUGCAGCAAGAAAAACUGAUAUGACCACAACGACGACAACAACCACUCCCUCAAAACCACCUUCUUCAACCAAUGAAAAACCCUCAUCCACUACCACGAAAACUACUGUAGUUACAGCUGCCAGUGGUAGCAGCAGUGGCAACAUUUCAACGACAACUCCCAACAAAUCGUUAACCUCUUCUCACACAAGUGCACAUUCCACCGCGUCGACUCCUCCAAACAAACCAAGAAAGCAACAACCAACCAGUGGCAAUAGACAAAGUUCAAAUAAGAAGCAAGCAACGCCCAAUUCAGACAAUACUGCGACAUCGUCAAAUACGCCAUCUUCCAAACAAUUUCGACAAUCUGGCAACAAGCAACAACAAGGCAACGCGACACAAACCAACAACAAACGAAAAAACGCCCAAAGCACAGGCAAAGCGAGCAAGAAACGCAAAUAG